AUGUACGCCGCUCAGAAUAUAACGCCAACAGUUUUGGAUACCAUGAACGGAAAUGUUUCCGAAUGGUAUAACGAAUGCGACAAUGCCAUUAGAAGGUCAGAAAUAGUUCCUGGAACUUAUGAAUAUACAACUGCUGUUUCUUAUGGAAACGUAGGUGAGUUUGGAGAAGGUUCUUCAACAACAGUAGAUAUUGCUUGCGACAGGUUUCAUAUUAUUUCUAUUGACAACUCAUUCUUAUACGUGGAACAAGACAUUGAAAUAAAACCUUCUGCCAAGUUGUCUGACAAGAAAGGUUGCAAUGGAAUUUUCUAUGUCGGAUACCAAUAUGCUCCAGAAGUUUUCAUGGGAUAUAAGAUAUAUUCUAACUCUGACUUAGUUCAAACAGUAACAUGGGCAAACUAUGAAUGGUUCGCUUUGAGAAACUCAGUACAACCACAAGCUAGAGAACAAACAGACCAGUAUGCAACUAUUGAGAAAAUAAGAAGACUUGACCCUAACUUUCCAGGAGUUUAUGUUAACCUUUCUGGACAAACUGCAGCAGCAGUAACCAAAGUAAAACUGAAACUUAGAGUUCCUUUGUCAUCUUUCCUCAUCUUCAGGUUUUUAAGAUACUUACCAAACUGGGCAGGAAAAAUUUCUAUUGAACUUACUCCAAGCAAAAAUAACUUAGUCAUUGCACCAACACAAGACCCAUUCACUAUUACAGACGUAAAGGGAACAAAUCAAACGUCAUUCGCCGAAUUUUGCAAAGACAAAGUUGACUUAGACUUUGGUUUCUCAAACUUCAACAA